AGGCGUGGAGCCCAGGCGGAAGGGGCGGGCCGGGCACGAGAAGGGCUGGGCCGAGGUGUCGCGGGGCUGCUGGAGGGUCGUGGGUGGCACGGAGGAGACAUGUCGGGGGGCAGCAGCUGCAGCCAGACUCCCAGCCGGGCCAUCCCCACUCGCCGCGUAGCCCUCGGCGACGGCGUGCAGCUCCCGCCCGGGGACUACAGCACCACCCCGGGCGGCACGCUCUUCAGCACCACCCCGGGAGGUAAGGCGCGGGGCCGGGGUCCCAGGCGACCUCCUCCGGGGCAGGAGGACACGCGGGCCUCCGGGAUCGAUCGCACGCACGUGCGACGGGGGUGGCGGCGCUCCCAGGGUUCCGGAGCUGGAUAGAACGGACGAGGGGCU